AACCGGUUCAGGCCUGUUUUGAGAACUGGAGUGUUUUCCAGGAAUAGAAACUGAAAGCAGCCACUCUGAUUUCCCUCCCCCCAGAGCCGUGCCCCCAGCUUUACUCAGAAAUCGCACGGCACUGAGGCUGAAAGGACUGGGCAGAAAACUGCGAGAUUGCCUUCUCUUUCCUGGGUCCUCUCCCCACUGCCCCUUCUGUCUGGACUCUUUCUAAGACAACCUCAACCCAGCACAACUCCCUUCGUUCCUUCGGGAGCAAUCUGAGCCUGGAACCUGUUGUGUGGGAUCUCAGAGGUUACUCCACUGAUGAGCAACAUCAUGCAGCCCUCCCCGUCCCUUCACACCCCAUCACCUACAUCCUUUACCUCUGCUGGGCCACACCAUGAAGAUUGGAGCAUCUUAUCUAUGUCGGAUGUCUGGAACACAGAAAAAGCUUCCGAAGAAUGGAAGUUGCCAGAAAUAGUCUCUGCAGUCAAGGAGACCAUGAAGACAGCAUCCAGUGCCUCAGUGAGAAUUGCAGUGACUGGGGACUCUGGCAAUGGCAUGUCCUCCUUCAUCAAUGCACUGCGGGGAAUUGGGCAGGAGGAGGAGGACUCAGCUCCCACAGGUGUGGUGAGAACCACCCAGAAACCCACUCUCUACCAUCUCUCUGACAUGCCCAGUGUGGAGCUAUGGGACCUGCCUGGCACAGGGGCUGCCACCCAAAGCCUGGAGACCUAUCUGGAGGAAAUCCAGUUUAGCAAGUAUGAUCUCUUCAUCAUCAUUGCAUCUGAACAGUUCAGCAUGAAUCUCGUGAAGCUUGCCAAAAUCAUCCAGGGACAGGGAAAGAGGUUCUACGUUGUCUGGACCAAGCUGGACAGAGACCUCAAUACACGUGUAGUCUCAAUGGAACAACUCCUGCAGGAUAUCCAGGAGAAUAUCCGGGUAGCUCUCCAGAAUGAGGGAAUGUAUGAACCCAUCAUAUUUCUGGUCUCCAACUUUGACCCCUCCUUGCAUGGCUUCCCAGAGCUUAGGAAGAGGUUGUGCAAAGAAGUGUCUGACAUCAGGUACCAUGAGCCCCGACAGAACCUGUCUGACACCUUUGGGAAGAUCAUUAAUGACAAAGCAAUUACUUUUUGGAGGCAAACACGCUCAGAGUCUUUCCAAGACAGCUUCGGCAUCCAGAAUGCAGAUUACCUUGAGAAGUUUUUGAAUGUCUGCCACUCAUUCUUUGGUUUGGAUGAUAAGUCUCUCCAGGAGGUGGCCCAGAGUAUGGGAAAACCUAUGGAGGAGUUUAAGGCCAUUAUGAAGUCUCAGAAUCUACACACUGUCCUCAGCAGGGACUGGAUAUUAUCAUGGACAAAUUGUAAUACAGACACUUGCUUAUAUUCGGUUCUGAACAGAAUCCCAUUUGUAGGUAAUACCGGUUUCUACUACCUUAGAAGGUGGAAUCAGUGGCGCCUCCUUGACAACGUUGCCAAUGACACCAACACCAUCCUGAAGAAAGUUUUGAAAGAUACUGCCAUCUGAAGGGUAAGGUCUCAGCAGGCUCCUUCUUGGGGAAAGUCAGGAUAUCUGGGGUCCUCUCCUCACACUGUAUCCUUUAGAAUUCUCAAUCAGUUUAGUGCUCUGAAAAUGUCAUGCCAGCUCUUUCUGGCCUGCCAGGUCUCUGUGGAUAAGUCAGCUGCCAAUCUAA